CUCUCACGUCUUUCCCAGAGAAAAUCUCAAUCUCUCCGAGAAAGUGACGGGAAACGAAAUCCGAACGGGAGGGAUAAUAAACCUAAAACCUAAAUCACUGUUUUAUUUGGCUACGGACUCCUAAAAUUUCAUAAUUUUGGGGUUUCCAUCGACAUGAAUCUGCUUCCGAUUUCGAUCGUCUCGUUCCUCUUCUUUCUCUGCCUUCAUUCGCCAUUCAUCGCCGCCGCUACAGAUGACGAUUUGCCGACGGCGUAUUCUGUCCUCCAAAGCUUCAACUUUCCCGUCGGAAUCCUUCCUAAAGGAGUCGUAUCAUAUGACCUGGAUGAAUCCACUGGCAAAUUUCACGCGUAUUUCAACAAAUCGUGCAGUUUCGCUCUUCAAGGCUCGUACCAGUUGGAUUACAAAUCUACAAUCUCUGGAUACAUAUCGGAGAACAAGCUCACCAAGCUUACCGGCGUGAAGGUCAAAGUUCUAUUCUUGUGGCUUAAUAUCGUUGAGGUUGUCAGGAACGGUGACGAACUCGAGUUCUCCGUAGGGAUUACAUCGGCGAACUUUGCGAUCGAUGAGUUUUACGAGUCGCCGCAGUGUGGAUGUGGGUUUGAUUGUGAUUCGAUUAAGGAGAAUUUGGGAAGAAACCCUUUUGUUUCUUCCGUUUAAAGGUUCAGACUUUUUUGGUUCUUUUUUUCUCCAAUCAUUGAAUUUGGUCUGGCUUCUUUGUUUUCAGUCAAUGCUUUGUUUGUAUCUCUUAUUAUUAGGAUCAAACCGAUGAAUUGUAUUUAUGAACCGAUCUGGAAUAAAAGGGUGGAGACAUUUUUAUUAUU